UAUAAUGUAAUUGAAAUGUGGGAGCAUGAGUUUGAGAUGAAAAAGAAAACAGAUGAAAAAGUAAAAUAUUUUCUUCUAAGUCACGAGCUUCAGGAUCGAUUGAAUCCUAAAGAUGCUUUCUUCGGCGGGCGGACAAAUGCCAUUCAGCUGUAUUAUGAGGGUGAUGCAAAGUAUGUGGAUUUCACUUCACUGUAUCCAUGGGUCAAUAAAUACUGUUUGUACCCCGUCGGACACCCUAAUAUUAUUACUGAAAAUUUUGAUGCCUUGGAAAACUAUUUCGGUAUUAUAAAGUGCCGAAUACUGCCUCCUCGAGGUUUAUACCUCCCCGUAUUGCCGUACAGAGCACAAAAUAAACUGAUGUUUCCCCUCUGCAAGACUUGUGCUGAAUUAAUGUAUCAAGGCAUUUGCCAGCACUCAGAUGAUGAGAGAGCCAUCAUUGGCACAUGGGUGACUGAAGAAGUCAAAUUAGCAGUGAAAAAAGGUUACUGUAUAACAAAGAUUUAUGAAGUGUACCAUUUUUCUCAAUUUACGGAUACUCUAUUUCAAUCUUAUAUCAACUUGUUUUUAAAAAUAAAACAAGAAAGCAGCGGCUGGCCAGCCGAUUGUGUAAGCUCGACCGAACGAAAACGCUACAUUGAAGCCUAUUUUGAGCGAGAGGGUGUGCAGCUUGAUGAAUUUAAUAUUAAGAAGAAUCCUGGAAGACGGCAAGUAGCCAAAUUGGCUUUGAACAGCUUCUGGGGGCGAUGGGGAAUGAACCUGAACAAGAUACGUUUGACUUAUGUUCAUACAUUACCUGAUUUCAAUAAAUUAUUAGCAGAUCCAACAAAAAAUAUCAAAGACUUAUAUUUUCCGACUCCUGAAGUAGCUGCUGUGCAAUGGGACUAUAAACAUUAUUUUGUUCCACAGGACACAUCCACAAAUGUGUUCUUGGCAGCUUUUACUACUGCAUGGGCACGGUUAAAGCUUUACAGUGAAAUGGAGAAGUUGGGCCGUGCUGUGUUGUAUCAUGACACGGAUUCAAUUAUAUACGCAAGCGAUUUUACCAACGAUCCGCCUCUUGGUAAUUUUUUUUUGGGGGAUUUUACAGAUGAACUCAAUGGAGAUACUAUUACUACAUUUGUCUCUGGUGAGCUUCAUUUUUAUUUUUAUUUUUUAUUAGGUUGA